UUUGGCAGUGCUGGACAUUCUUUCUCUUUAUGGGAAAGAAUCUGUCGCUUUUCUCCUUUGCCCGGCUUCUUGCAACAAAGUAGCUAGUUCGCUACUCGGAUGCGCACAUUUUAGCUAGCUGCUGCCGAGAUUCAAUGCUGUGUGCGGGGAAGUUGAGAAAGUCUACAAAGCUGGUAAUUUGUGUGGUUGUGUUCUAAUUGUGCAGUAUUGGGAUUUAAGAAGGUAUCUGAGGAAAAUCCGACGUUUGACUACUUUUACUUGACCAUGGGCACCGGACAAAAUCGGAACACAAACUUGGACUGGUGGGCAGUAGUGAUGGUACUUGGGAUAUUGUACCAGCGUUGUUGUUAUGGUAGUUGUCCCGAGGAUGAGCUGAAGACCCGAGAGGAAUCGGCAGAGGUAGUAUUAACUGGGACUGUGGAAGAAAUCAUGAACAUGGACCCCGUGCACAAUACUUACUCCUGCAAGGUGAGAGUGUGGCGGUACCUCAAGGGCAGAACCGCGGUGAACGGCGAGGUUCUGCUGGACGGGGGCAACAAAGUGAUGAUCGGAGGUUUUGGGGAACCGGAGAUCUGUGACAACCAGGUGUCCACGGGGGACACUCGGAUCUUCUUCGUCAAGAUGGCGCCAGAGUACAUGUGGCCGGCCCACAAGAACGAGCUGAUGCUGAACUCCAGCCUGAUGAGGAUCACCCUGAGGAACCUGGAGAAGGUGGAACACUGCAUGAAAGACAAACCUCUGCACUUCACUCCCCCACUGCCCCCAGAUGGCUGCCGCGGGAUGCUGUGCGGGUUCGGGGCGGUGUGUGAGAAGACUGCGGCCGACCCGUCCAAGGGCGAGUGCGUGUGUAAGAAGAUGGCGUGCCCCUCCGUGGUGGCGCCGGUGUGCGGGUCCGACGCCUCCACCUACACCAACGAGUGCGAGCUGGAGAAGGCCCAGUGCAGCACGCAGCGCCGGCUGAAGGUGCUCCGCAAGGGGCCCUGCGCUCUGAAGGACCCGUGCAGUGAGGUGAGCUGCAGCUAUGGCAGCACGUGUGUGCAGUCCUCUGACGGCCUCUCGGCCAAGUGCAUGUGCCCGCUGAGCUGUGGUGCGCGGGCGGACCGGGUGGUGUGUGGCAGCGACGGCCGGGACUACCCCAGCGAGUGUGAGCUCAACAAGCACGCCUGCACCGAGCAGAAGAACAUCCGCAAGCAGUACCAGGGGCCCUGCGACCCGUGUAAGGACACGGAGAACAACCUGAACAUCGCGUGUCGGGUGGAGGCUCUCACUCGCCGCGCGUUGACCUUUGCCCCCCCGGAAGCCUGCCCUCCCGGCGGCAGUCCGCUGUGUGCCAGCGAUGGGCAGACGUACGCGGGAGAGUGCAGGAUGCAGCGCACCGCCAUGAUGAAGAGGGUGGAGCUCCGGCAGGUUCACCCGGGCCGGUGCAAGAAGGACGAGGAGUGCACGGAGGAUUGCCAGUUCAGCGGCGUGUGCGUGUCGGAGCUCGGGGCCCAGCGCUGCUCCUGCGAGCCCAUCCAGUGCGACGGCACGUACAAGCCCCUGUGCGGCAAGGACGACCGCACCUACGCCAACGACUGCGAGCACCGCCAGGCCGAGUGCCAGACCAAGGCCCACAUCCCCGUCAAGCACAAGGGGCCCUGCGAUCUGCACGUGCCCAGUCCGUGCCAGCACAAGCGCUGUGAGUUCGGGGCAGUGUGCGUGGUGCAGGACGGGGGGCCCGUGUGUGAGUGUCCCGGGGCCUGUUCCCAGACCGGGGACCCCGUGUGCGGCAACGAUGGACAGACCUACGGCAGCCAGUGUGAGAUGAAGGCCAUGGGCUGUGCUCUGCAGAAGGACAUCCAUAUUCAGCACAGAGGACCGUGCGCGGAGACCUGCAGGAACUGCUCUUUCGGAGCGAUCUGCGACGGGCAGACGGGCCGCUGUGUGUGUCCCACCGAGUGCGUGGACUCGCAGCAGCCUGUGUGCGGCACUGACGGGAACACGUACAACAACGAGUGUGAACUCAACGUGCAGGCCUGCACCCAGCAGCUGGACCUGAGGGUGGUCAGCCAGGGAGAGUGCAAACAAUGCGGUGGCAAGGUGUGCACGUGGGGCGCGCUGUGUGUGGAGAACACGUGUGAGUGCCCGCCAUGCCCAGCUCUGCCCAUCGCCCCCGUCUGUGGCACCGACGGCAACACCUACGACAACACCUGCCAACUCAACAACGCCUCCUGCCAGCAGCAGAAGAAAAUCACGGUCGCUCGGCCCGGCAACUGCGACGAAGAGUGCGGGUCGGGGGGGUCCGGCUCAGAAGGGGACAGUACCUGUGAACAGGAUCGCUGCCGACGGCGGGGGGGAAUCUGGGACGAGGACGCUGAAGACGACCCCUGUCGCUGUUACUUCAACUGCCGCAGCGUGCCGGGCUACCAGGUGUGUGGCUCGGACGGACAGACCUACAGCAGCGAGUGCGAGCUGAGGAAGACCAAGUGCGAGAAGCAGGCCCAGCUGGAGAUCCAGAGUCAUGGAGAGUGCCCAGCUACACCCCCACCUGGCUUGGCCCAGCAUUGUAGUCAGACAGUGUACGGCUGUUGUUAUGACAACACAACGGCUGCUCUUGGUGUGGGACUGGCAGGGUGUCCGAGUACCUGUAAGUGUAACCCCUACGGGUCUUACGGGGGCACCUGUGACCCUGCGAGUGGCCAGUGCUCCUGCAAGCCGGGCGUCGGGGGACAGAAGUGCGACCGCUGUGAGCCGGGGUUCUGGAACUUCCGCGGCAUCGUCACGGAGAACACGAGCGGUUGCACGCCGUGUCACUGCGACGCUCUGGGCUCGGUGCGGGAUGACUGCGAGCAGAUGUCCGGCCUGUGCUCCUGCAAGGCGGGGGUGAAGGGGGUGAAGUGUAACCUGUGUCCCGACGGCAGCCAGAUGAACGCCAGCGGCUGUGAUAACGGUCCCGAUGCUCCCGCGUCCUGUGACGAGAUGGAGUGCAAGUUUGGGGCCACCUGCGUGGAGGUCAACGGCCAGGCCCACUGCGAAUGCCCCUCCCCCGACUGCGACGAGGCCAACAAGACCAAGGUCUGUGGCUCUGACGGGGUGACCUACGCCGACCAAUGCCAGCUGAAGACCAUUGCCUGUCGCCAGGAUAUGGACAUCACCGUGCAGCACCCGGGCCAGUGUUCAGAGACCAGCCUGCCGCCUGGGCCGACAGCCAGUCCCACACCCUCCCCAACCGCCCCCUCCGUCAUCCGACUCCCCACACCCCCCAAUUUGCCCACGCCACACCUGAAGGAGGACAAGAUGGAGCCGGAGGCAACCAAGGACCCCUCGCUGGUGGAGAACGCCCCACCAGAGAGGCCAGAAGAGCCCGAAACUCCCGCCCCCAUCACCACCGAACAGCCCACCACCCCACCCGAGCAGCCCCACACCACACCCCCUCCGCCAUCGACCACCCCUGGCCCCCGCACGACCACCCCCUUCGAGGAGUCUGGCAGCGGGGACCCCAGCGGUGACGACGAUGCAGAGGGUAGCGGCGAAAAGGAGGCUAGCGGGGAGGAGCCUGUCGACGAAGCCGGAGAUGAGAGCACGCCACCUGACCCCAAGGUCCGCUCGUCCUGCGACAACAGUCCCUUUGGCUGCUGUCCCGACGGCAUCACGCCCACCAGCGACCCGGACGGGAGCAACUGUCCGCCCACCGUGAAGUUCAGCGGAUUCCUCCACCUGGACGAGGUGGAGGGCCAGGAGGUCUUCUACACCCCUGAGAUGGAGGACCCCAAAUCCGAGCUCUUUGGGGAGACCGCCCGGAGCAUUGAGAGUGCUAUGAAUGAGCUGUUCCGAAAAUCAUCUGUUCACAAGGACUUCAAGAGUGUCCGGGUUCGGAAUUUGGCACCCAGCAACUCCAUCCUGGCGUUUGUGGAGGCCCACUUUGACCCAGACACCCGGUACACUGUGGAGGACAUCGAGGGGGCUCUACUCAAACAGCUCAAGUCUGCCAAGGAGGCAGCCAUAGUCGUGAAGAAGCCGGUGGAGGACCAUAUCCAUUUCAAUAACCACGGCCUCUCGACUGUUCCCUUUUUCACCACCACCACAAUCACCAUGGCCACGUCCACCGCGACAACGGCCCCGGCCCCCACCGCGCCCCUGACCACCACCCCCCCGGCCCCCACCGCGCCCUUGAUCACCCGCCGGCCGGCCUCCACCAGCUGGCUGGGCACCACCCGCCGGCCCUCCAGUCGGCGCAGGACCACCACGGCUGCCCAAAUGACCACGCCCCACGCCACCACCUCGCCCCCGCUCACCACCCCGCCGCCCAGGCCCAAGCUGGUGCCCACGCACCGCAAACCCUCGCUGCCCUGCGACUCGCACCCCUGCCAGCACGGCGGCACCUGUGAGGACGACGGCACCGACUUCUCCUGCAUCUGCCCCGCGGGGUGGGGCGGGGCCGUGUGUGAGAAAGUCAUUAAGUACUUCAUCCCGUCCUUCGGGGGGAAGUCCUACCUGGCUUUCACCACCAUGAAGGCCUACCACACCGUGCGCAUCGCCAUGGAGUUCCGCUCCUCGGAGACCACCGGUCUCCUGCUCUUCAACGGUCAGAACGGCAAGAAGGACUUCCUGUCCCUGGCGCUGGUGUCGGGCUACGUGCAGCUCAGGUUCAACACGGGCUCGGGUACGGGCACGCUGCAGAGCAAGGUGGCGGUGCAGCCAGGCCGCUGGCACCACCUGGUGGUGACCCGGAACCGGCGCAGCGCUGUGCUCAGCGUGGACGCAGAGCUGCACAUCGAGGGCAGCAGCCCGCCCGGAACCGAGGGUCUCAACCUGGACACGGACCUCUUCAUCGGGGGCGUGCCAGAAGACAUGACUCAGGAUGUGAAGGAGCAGACCUCCGUCUCCACGGGCCUGGUGGGCUGCGUGCGCAUGCUGGAUGUCAAUAACAUGGUGUACAGCCUGCAGGAGAAGGGCGGUCAUGUGCUGUACGGUUCUGCGGUGGGCGAGUGCGGCAACAACCCCUGCCUGCCCAACCCCUGCAGGAACGGGGCGUCCUGCCAGAUCAAGGAGGCCGAGAUGUUCCACUGCAAGUGUGUCCAUGGCUUCUCAGGUCCGACUUGUGCAGACACCCACAACCCAUGUGAACCAAACAAAUGCCACCCUUCCUCCCAGUGCACAGUCCUGCCAGAGGGCGGCUACAAAUGUGAAUGUCCAAUGGAACGUGAGGGAAAGCACUGUGAGAGAGUAUCUAAGGCGGACAAGAGUGAGGCCUACAUGCCAUACUUCAGUGGAGACUCGUUUCUGGAGCUGAAAGGCCUGCAUAACUAUGGCCAAGACCUGCAAGAAAAGGUCAACAUGACGGUGGUUUUCUUAGCCAAUGAGUCCAAUGGCCUGAUCUUCUACAACGGCCAAAAGGAUGACGGUAAGGGAGACUUCAUCUCGCUGGCACUGACCGACGGCAUCCUGGAGUUCCGCUACGACCUGGGCAAGGGCCCAGCAGUCAUCAGGAGCAGGGAGAAAGUCAAGCUGAGAGUGUGGAACACGGUUAAGCUGGAGCGCCUCAGCCGCAAGGGAGAGAUCAGCAUAAACGGCGGGGAGCGCACCCGCGGGGAGUCACCGAACCACAACAACGCUCUCAACCUGAAGGAAUCCCUGUACGUGGGCGGGGCUCCAGAUUUCAGCAAGCUGGCUCGAGCGGCCUCUCUCAGCAGUGGCUUCAAAGGGGCAGUGCAGAAGAUCAUACUUAUGGGCGUCCAGAUUCUGAAGCGAGAGAACGCAGUGAGCUCCAGUGAUGUGUCCAUGUUCCCCCACCACCCUUGUGCUCAAGGUGUCUGCAAGAACGGGGGCCGUUGCCACCCCCAUCUGGAGGGGUACGAGUGUGUUUGCAGGCACGGUUUCUCUGGGACGGACUGCCGAAACGGAAUUGUUGAGAAGUCAGCAGGACAGACAGAUUCCAUUGCCUUUGACGGCCGGACAUUCAUCGAAUACCACAACGCAGUCUCCAAGAGCGAGAAGGCGAUGCUGACGAACAGAUUCGAGCUGAGCAUAAAGACGGGGGCCACGCAGGGCCUGAUCUUGUGGAGCGGGAAAGGUGUGGAGCGCUCGGACUACAUCGCCCUCGCCAUCGUGGACGGCCGCGUGCAGAUGAUCUACGACCUGGGCACCAAGCCUGUGGUGCUGCGCUCGUCUGUGCGGGUCAACACCAACCGCUGGAUACGCAUCAAGGCCAGCCGGGCGCUGAGGGACGGCUCCCUGCAGGUGGGUAAUGAGGCAGCAGUCUCGGGCUCCUCUCCCCUGGGGGCCACACAGCUCGACACCGAUGGAGCUCUCUGGCUGGGAGGCUUGGAGAGGAUGUCAGGGCCCCGUCGCCUGCCGAAGGCCUACAGCACAGGGUUCGUUGGGUGUCUGAGGGACGUGAGUGUGGAUGGCGUGGAGCUCCAUCUGGUGGAGGAUGCCUUGAACAGCCCCAGAAUACUACACUGUUCCGCCAAAUAGCCUGCGCCACCUCCCCACGCACACCAUGUCAACUGCUGUAAUUAUUUUCUAUUUUUGUAUACUUUUCAUUGCUUUUUAUAUAUUAUAUAUAAAAGUUUUUUUUUUCUGUUUUUUUAUUUUUUCAUUUUAUAUUGUUCACAUUUUAUUUUAUGUUUUUAUUUUUUACCGCUCCUUUUUGCCAACGUGAUUGUUUUUUUGUUUUCUUUUUUUCAAAUGAGUGUCACGGCUGAACGUGGUUUCGAGAAAAACAAAAGUCUGGUGUGGUUUUUAUUGUUUCUAAAGAGAAAAAGAGAAACGUUGCUCUUUACUUGAACAGUGGUGAACGGCACAGGUGCUGGGGUCUUUUCUGUUGCCUUUUGUGCUGUAGGUUUCUCUUUGCUUCUGUAAACGUGGCGUGCAUACAUUCCCCUGUCAACAGCCGCUGCAGUAUGUUGGUUAUGUCUACACAAGAGGUAUUUUGCAGGAGGGAUGCAAUGUCCAUCUUGCUUGUGCCACUUUUACUUUAGCAUACUCUGGAUAAAUGACCUCUGUUUAAAAACUCUGAACAAGAAAAAUACCUGUGGGUUUUUUCAUUUAGUUUUUUUUUUUUGUGUGUGCAUCUGACCACUGGCACUUAGCACCCUCUGUUCUUAAACAUUUUUAUGAGAGUCUUUAUUUAUGCUUAAUCUGAGCAUGUGCGGCUAAACGGCUUGCAUUGGGGAAUGUCACAUGCCUUUUACCUUUUAUGGCAAAUUAGCCACAGAUGAUAAAUACUCACCUGCAAUGUGAAUAUGUUACUGUUUGUUUACUCUCGGAUUCACCUUGCCAAGCAGGUGUUGUAUGUAAAGUAUCACGGGUGAAAAAGGUAACUCUGCCAAAUUAACCAUUGUCCUGCAUGCUGCUCCUUUGUUCCAAGUUCAUUUUUUGCCUUUGUUUUUCUUUCAAUAGCAAAACAUUUAUUUUGGGAAAAGACAUAAACGUUCCGGCAGUAUACAUAUCAAAGGACACGCGUUGUUCUGGACAUUCUUUUUCUCAGUAUGUUAUCUGCAUGUUAUAAGUGGCCACAGAGCCUGGGGACAGAACUUGUAAGUGUUUUUCAGUAAUAUUUCUUCUUUUGGUUUUACGACUUUAUGAAUUGUGCCAAAAUAAGAAAAGUGAACUGCAAUUUGACAUCACCAGGGGGCACUGCCGUACAUGCUAAACAGAGCACAACGAGUGAAAUGGAAGAGAGCAGUGCAGAGGUGCAGAAAAGUUGUCUGUUUUAUAUGGGAUGAGUCAACAUACUCAAAGAGGUGACCGCAUUUCAAAAACGCCUUUUUUUAAUGAGAAAAUAUUUGUCAAUCGUACAGGUUGCGCCCACAGACAUUGGAAAAACAGCAUCGCCAUAACCAGUGAUAAUUUUAUUGUUAUUCAUUUUGAAAUGACAACGACAAUGAAUAAGCACAGUGAUGCACAUACUGUGCCGGUGUGUUAGAUAACCAGUGUGAGGACAGGUGCAGUGUGUGUGCGUGUGUUUUGCCAUCUCAAAAUGUAUGUCCUGACUAAAGCCAGUAAAUGGAUCGAACACUUCAUCUCAAUCGACAGCCUGGCGAACAACUCUAUUUUUCAUCUUCUACUGAAUUUUUUCCCCCCUUAGAGAUGUAAAAGAAAGCCUUUUGUACAGCUCUGCAAUUUGAGAUGUAAAUGAACAAUGUAUAACUGUGGAAACCUUUUUUUAGUGUUAUACACUGGAAUCAAGUUGAACAUGCUAGAAUCUCUAAACUUACAGUACUUCAAUGUUCCUAUGUCAGUGUGAGGGAUGGGUGGGGGAGGGGUUUCAGAAAACAUAUUUAUGUAUCUAUAUUUUAGGGUCGUUGAGUGGGAUUCAGGUUUUGCCAGACUAAAACUAAAAUUUUCAUUUUAUAUUGGCUAUGAGGGGCAGUUAUCCCAGCACUGUGCUCUAUACAUAGUAUGCUGUUGAAAUUAGAAUUGCAGGCAAGCAAAAGCAGCAACUUAAUUUAAUGAUUUUUUAAUAUAAAUAUAUUCUCAUUGUUGUCCUUUUUUAAUGUACCUUCUAUAGCUGUGGAUAUUAUGAAAUUCCUGUGUACUAGGAGUAUUAUUUGGAGAAAAAAAUAAAUCACUGACUCUCAAGGAAUAUGGGUAAGUGACAUUACAGUAAUAGGACAGGUGAUGGGAUUAUAACUGUCUCAGAAAUGCCUUAAAAUCAACAGAUCACCCCCGACACAGCGAUUCAAGUCAGUGUCUACUUUUCUGUAUGCUUACCAGUAUAUUAGUCUCCUAUUGGUAGCUAAUCAUGCUCAAUAUUUUUAUGAACGAUUAUCUAUAAGGGACAGAAACUGAAUAACUUUUUUCCAGGUUCCUUAUUUCAUGUCUUUGUGUGGAGUUCCAGUCUGGCCUUUGUAAACUACUGUUUAAAAUACUGAAAUAUACCUGAAGGAAUACCUGCACAGAAUAAGAACGGCAUGAUGAUACAAUUACUAACUUUAUUACCUGUGUCUUGUGUUCCAACCACCAUGAAAUAAAGUGUCAAAAAAAGAA